CGCAAACAGAGAAAAUGAGCUCGACGUUGGCAAGAUCUCAGUUUUUUUUCAUCAAAAACAAUUCUAUUCUCAGCAUCACCAAGAGUUGCUCUUCUUCUCUUUGCAAAGCUUCCUCUCGUCAAGUCAACAAAGUUUCUCUUGAAACUGAUUCUGAGCUAUGUCGUCAGCCAGCUGCACUGCUCUCUUCUACAAAUCAAUCACAACUAAGUGCUCCACUAAAUUCAACCACCAAGAGGCUCUUUUCGACCAAUUCUUUUAACAUUGGGAUUAGAAACAAUGGGCUCAACAAUCACACUUUUCAAAUCUCGAAGAAAAAAACUUCCAGUUCAAUCACCGAAAAAUUUUUCAAUCGAGGUUUUUCUUCUUUGAAUUCCGCUCUUACUUCUUCUUCUACUACUACUUCUGCAAUCUACGGUUCAAGCACUGAUUCUACUUCUAAUCCAAGUAUUUCGUUUGAUAAUUCUCCAUCUAUUUCCAAGCAAGAGUCUGGUAAAAAAAGAGCUGAUAAACCCUUAGUAAACUCAUCUAGUUCCGUUGGAUGGUGGUUAUUAGGAACAUCAGGUUUGGUUUUUGGAAUUGUAGUUUUGGGAGGUUUAACUAGAUUAACUGAGUCUGGUUUAUCAAUCACCGAGUGGAAACCUGUCACUGGUACUUUACCACCCUUGAAUGAACAACAGUGGAUCGAAGAGUUUGAAAAGUAUAAAUUGAGUCCUGAAUUUAUUCAAUUGAACUCUCAUAUCGAUUUGGAUGAUUUUAAAUUUAUUUUUUUCAUGGAAUGGUUUCACAGAUUAUGGGGCAGGGCUAUUGGUGUAAUUAUGAUUGCUCCUUCGGUUUAUUUUUUUGCAAAACGUAAAACUUCGAGACAUAUUAACAGAAGAAUGGUUCUGUUGACUGCUUUAUUAGGCUUACAGGGGGUCAUUGGCUGGUGGAUGGUUUACUCUGGUUUAGACCAAGCUCAAUUAGAUGACAGAAAAUCCAAACCAACUGUAUCUCAAUACAGAUUGACCACUCAUCUUGGUGCUGCUUUCUUAUUGUAUAUUGGAAUGUUUUGGACUGGAUUGGAAAUUCUUCGAGAAAAUUCUUGGAUCAAUAAUCCCAAGGAUGCUGUCAAGACAUUUCAAAAAUUGCAAUCUCCCUUAUUGAAUCCUAUCAGAAAAAUCUCAAUUGGUUUAGUUGCUUUUACGUUUAUAACUGCAAUGACUGGGGGAAUGGUUGCAGGAUUGGAUGCAGGAUUAAUUUAUAAUACCUUUCCCAAAAUGGGAGAAACGUGGUUGCCUUCAUCAAGAGAAUUAUGGGACUUGCAAUACACUAGAAAGGAUGAUAAGUCUGAUUGGUUUUUCAGAAAUUUAUUUGACAAUCCAACUACUGUUCAGUUGCACCAUAGAGUCUGGGCUACUGUUACAUUUUUUUCAGUAGUGGGUGCUCACAUGUAUGUGAAUAAAUACAAAGCAAUUAUUCCAAAAAAGGCUAUAAGAUUAAUGCAUGGUCUUAUGGGAAUAGUAACUGCUCAAGCUGCUUUGGGUAUCACUACGUUAAUCUAUUUGGUGCCAAUUUCAUUGGGUGCUUUGCAUCAAGCUGGUGCAGUUGCUUUGUUGACUGUUUGUCUUGCGUUUGCUGCUAGAUUGAGAAAACCAAGAUUUCCAAUUAUAUUACUUAUUAACAAUUUAAAUAGAAAUCUUAUCAAGAAGAAUGCUUCCAAGAUUAAAAACUUAUAGAUAAGUUUAUAAAUAAGGUGAUUGUUCAUAAUUUGUUAUUAGUGUUGUUCAUAAAAGAAUUUAAUGUAUUAAAAACUUGAUCUACUUUAAAUGAUCAUUUAAUUUUCUUAUUUUUUUUUGUUUAAUACUCUUUUUCCUUUUUGUUUCUUU